UUGCACUACAGGAUAUGCAAGGUGAGUUGGGGUUUUAAGAAGUCGUUUAGUGCACUAGCCAUUCAUUUUAAAAUAGAGAAAAGAGGGGCAGCUAGGUGGCGCAGUGGAUAGAGCACAUCUAAGUCUGGAGGAACUGAGUUCAAAUGUGGCAUCUGACAACACUGCCUAGCUGUGUGACCCCGGGCAAGUCACUUCACUCCAAUUGCCUCAGCAAAAAAUAAAAUAAAAUGGACAAAAGUACGACUCCCUUAAAAAGUAUUUCUUAAGCAGUCUCGUACCAGGCACUACGAAGAAAAACAAAACAGUUCCUGAUUCUAGGAGCCUAUACUCAAUGGGGAUGGAAAGACUACUACCUUGUUCAAGAUGAAUCUUAGGGAAAGCUUUCCUAAACCCUGCUCACUAGUGCCCUCUCUCCUAAACUACCUAGUUUUUUUUUUUUUUUAAUAUAUUUUGACUUUAUAUUUCUGUAUUUUGGUACGUUCUUAAUCUUAUUAAAAUAUAACAAUUAGGAAUUGCAUUUCAUCACUGUACUUGAUGAGCCUAGCACAAAACCCGAUUCGCAGAAAGGGCUCAAUAUUUUUGUGGGUAGGAAUACAAAAUUUUAGGGGAGUGGGGGAAGAGGUCACAAAGCGAAAAGUGGGCAAGUCAGCAUGAUCCGGGGUUGGCAGAUUCAAGCUGCCUCAACAAGCAAGGGUUAUCUAGUCACCACUGGAAAACAUGGGAGAGUUGAAGCGUUGGGGAUCGGUUAGGCUUGGGGUAACUCUAGGAUGGGAUGAAUGUCACUUUUUUCUCCAAACUUUCACGCAGAAGUCACGAAGAGGCGCCAAACGCUCGAUUCUAGGUCUUGGCUUUUUACCUACUUAUCUCCACCCGGAAGUAUUAGGGGAGGAAGAGAUGAACCUUGACGCCAGCUUCUUCACUCUACUUUCCUUCCCCGGCUCAGUGAUCUUCAGCUACGGAAACGGAACCGAACAGGGAGCCGGAAACGCCUCGCGAGGAGGGACUUCGGCACUUCCCCUCCCCGGAGUGACGUCAUUUAGGGAGGGAAGCUCCGGGAAUGGAAAAAAAUGGCUAAGACCGGAUUAGAAAACGUAUUUCCGGGGCGUCCUAAAAGAAGGAAGUGUCAGAACGUGAAGGCUGCAACAGCUGGCGGCUGAAAGAAUCAGCAGGAUGGUGGCCACCAGAUCGAUGCGGCCGGAGCAGCCUUUGCCGGGGAAAAUUAUGAUCAGUGAAUCCCCGGGGCGCAGGGUUUCACCUGCCCCCAGAGCGAGGAGGGGGCAAAGCAAAGAGCCGGAAGACAUGAAGGACUCGAAGACGGACCCCCCGAAUGAGGUGGACUCCAAGCCUCCCCUGCAGGAUCCUCCCACAGGCAGAGGGGCCCGCAGUCGAAGUCGCAGUGCCCUAGCACAGGUCAUUGAAUCGGUAACAGAUGGGGAGGUCUCGGAAGCUGAGUCUACUUGUAGUUACGCCUCUGGACUCCAGGAACCGACAGUCCGGAUCACAAGGAGAAGGCGCAUCAUCAUUCCCUGUCAGCCAGAAUCCAAAACCAGGGCUAGACAGAAGGCUGCUCGGAGCGAAUCCAUCAAGUCUGGCGAUGAAGGGGAAGUUUCCGAAACAGAGUCCUGCUCCUCAGUUCUGUCUGCCCCUCUGGCAUCUCCUGUCAGAACCAGAAGAGCCAAACAGAGAGAGACUAAGUUCCAGGUGGAUCCAAAUUCUGCUUUAUUGACUGAAGAAACUUCUGAUGCCGAGUCAUGGUGCUCAGGUGUUACAUCUAUUGGGAACCAAAGGACAAUGAGGAGCAAACAGAGGAAAUUAAAGCAAGAAAUUGAGGUACUAGUUGAAGUUGAAGAUGAUAAAGAUGUAAAGAAGGAUGAACAUGUAGUUCCUUCCCAACCAGAAGACAUCUCUGAAUCUGCAUGUGUGAAUACUCAGAGUUCAGAUGCUGAGCAGAGUGCUCCUUCUGGAAGUAGGCCUGAUCAACGUAAAGAUGAAAUUCAGGUAUCUGAUGAUAAAUCUGAAGGGAAAAGUUCAGAAGAGAAACCAAAAAUACAGACAAGAAGGAAGAAAGGUACCAAGGCAAAAGAAUCUUUAGAAGAAAAGAAUUUAAAUAAUGAGCUUCAUAUAUUGGAGGAGGAAAAAGAAACAAAUUGUGAAGAACUUGAACAAAGCAGCUUUGAAAAACAACUUAGUUCUCAAAGCCAGUCAACACCAGAUAAAACUAAAUUAGAGCACAAAAUGACAGAUGCUGACAGGGUAAGAAAAGCUUUUGUUCUUUUAGUUGAAUGUAAGGAGGAAAGCAAACAGAAUAAAAAGGCAGAGGAAAUCAAUGAUAUUACAGAAAUUACUGUUAAUGAGAACAGUGAUUGCAAAAUCAGCAUCAUUGAAGAUACUGAUGACAGAAAAGAACAUUUAGAAGGUGAUACUGUGAUAAGUCCUACCUCUGUUUCCAGCAGGUCCCAAGAUAACAAUGAUACUGUCCUGUUAGCUCUCAGCAGUGAUGAGCAAGAAAGUGAGACUGAGGAAAAUACAUUGUGUUUUAUUGAGAGUGAUGAGCAGAAGCUUUCACCUGAAAAAGAUUCAGAAGAUAACCCAUCAAGUGAUGUAUUCUUCAUCAUUGAUAAAACCCCUGGGUUGAGUUCUGACAAGAACUUUUAUAUAGAGGAAGAAAAAGCAAGUGAAAUAGCUAGUGAGCAGGAAAAUGAAGAAGAAAAAGAAGAAGUAAGUGAAGAAGAGGAACUUAUAGAUCAGGAAGAAAAGGAAGAUGAGUUCAUAGAUGAAGAUGACUUAUUAAGUAACACUAAGUCUAACCUCUUGAAGUUGUCAAGUAGCAGCAUAGACCCUGGUUUGAGUAUUAAACAACUUGGAGGCUUAUAUAUUAACUUUAAUGCAGAAAAAAUGGACUUCAACAAAAAGGCCCUUACACAAAUAAAGGAAAAAAACAAAAAGGAGCUUUUGCAAAAAACCAUAAUUACUCCUGAUUUUGAAAAGAAGGAUUGCAUCCCACCAUACAAAGAAUCACAAUUUCAACUUAAAAAAAAACGCAGAGAGGAACGGAAAAAAACAGCAGGAGAUGGCUGGUUUGGUAUGAAAGCCCCAGAAUUGACAACUGAAUUGAAAAAUGACCUCAAAGCGUUGCAGAUGAGAGCCAGUAUGGACCCUAAAAGGUUUUAUAAGAAAAAUGAUAGAGAUGGUUUUCCUAAAUAUUUCCAGGUUGGAACAAUUGCCGAUAAUCCUGCUGACUUCUAUCAUUCUCGAAUUCCUAAGAAGCAAAGGAAAAGAACAAUUGUGGAAGAAUUGCUGGCAGAUUCUGAAUUCAGAAGGUACAAUAAAAGGAAGUAUACGGAGAUCAUGAUGGAAAAAGCCAAUAAUGCAGCUGGAAAAAAGUUUAGGAAAAAGAAGAAAUUUCGAAACUAACAUUUAGUUACCUAAACAUACCUUGUAGAUUUUUAUUUUAUCUUCAUUUUUCCUUUAUUCGCUAAAGAUAUAUUGAAAGCUGCUGGUGUCAUACUAAUAAUAUACUGUAGGGCUGGCCCUAUUUAUAUAGCUUGUCCCCUGGGAAAAGUUAUAAGGGGAGUCUUGUGUGUAUUUUUUAAUUUUGCAGUUGAAAUUGGUGUGUUUAUUUUUUGGAAAAAAGAGAGAAGAGAAAUCAUGUGAUUUGGAGAUAAAGAUGUGUAGAUCUUUAAGAGACCCAAAAAGACUUAGAAUGUUUAAAAGUUUAAAAAUAUCACUAACAUGUUUGCAGUGUCUUUUGGUUAUUUAAGCAAUGUAGGGAGUGCCAACAUUUUUCAAGACACUGUCUCUUCUGCUCUAAAAGAGCUUUAUAAAAAUGAAUGUUCUUCCUGUACAAUAAUUUUUAGAUUUGGGAUAGUUAUGAUCAUAGAAUAUCAGAGUGAUAAUAUAUCCUGUUUCAUUUUACAUGUUUUAGUAUGAAAUUUUACAGAUAACUAUACUGUGCUGUAUAAAAAAAAAUUAAAACUCACUUUAAAACUCCAUUGAAGGCUUAAGAGGUAAGAAUUAUGUUCACUACAUGAAAUUUGUCAUCUUCAUAUUAUGCAUUCCUCUCCUUUGGGGUGACAAAUUAUAGGAAGGUAUUGAAGCUUGAAGCUAGUCAUAAGUACAGCAUGUAGGGCUAGAAAGGUACCUUAAAGAUGGUGUACCUCAAUAUAGCCCUUCAUUUUACAGAUGAAGAUAUUUGAAACUUGGACUGUGUAUCCUUAAAACCCCAUAGAAAUGUGAAUUGGUGGUAGUGAUGUUGAUAUUAGCACACAAGUAGCAAUAGUCAUGAUUCGACCCUGGGUUUUAACUCCAAAUCCAGUCUUUGCUGUAGUGUGUUGUCCAUCCCCAGAUGAUAAAGGGAGUGGAAAUCAUCUCAGCUAAGGAUCGUUUGAAGGUACUGGGACUGGAAGAAAGCAUCAUCUUUGUCCUCAGAUUUAUUUUGAAGGGUUUUCACAGAGGAGAGUUUAGAUCGAUUCUCCUUUGCCCAAGAUGGGCAGAAGAAAGACUACUGGGGAGAAACUUCAGGGCUGCAGUUAAUAGCUCAAUAAAAGGAAGAACAAAACUCA